AUGCACGACAACCGAACCCACCCGCUCCUGGCCCAAGUGCCUCUGACAGUAUCCCCUUUCACCAACCUGCCCACAUCCAUCACCCUCCCCUACACGUACAAGGCCAUGCCAUCUACGCUACCCCCCUCGGCCACGGGAGUCACAUCCGCCACCGAUCCAGAGUCAAGCGACAAGCCCCGCUACGUCGUCUCGCAGUCCGGGCACGCUGCUCACCCAGACGACAUCAUUGCCAGUUGUCGGGCCCUGCAGGCACAUCUCACCAAACUGCAGGGCGACGCGGAGCAGGAACUCCGAGAGCUCGACGACAGGAUCAAGGCGAGGGAACUGGCGGAGAAGCGGAGGGUCGCUCCCGGCUGGCUGGAUAGCGAUGCGAGACUACUGGAGCCGGAGAGGACGGGUGGCAACGGUGGCAACGGGGAGGGUGCUAUGGAUCUCAUGACGGGGGACGUUGCCGGUGGCAGUGCGAGUGACCAGCUGAGAGGGAUGAGCCUGGCUGCGCAGCAGGGCCACGCGGGGCCAGAUGGGCUGAGCGAGAUGGCUGCGCCGGACGAUCAGGGAGCCCAGCUGGACAGGGCUUUCGGCAGCUUGCCUCUGCGGCCAAAAUGA